AUGGACAUCACCAAUAGCAGUGCCAAGGGGGACUUCAUCCUGGUGGGCUUCUCCGACCAGCCACACCUGGAAAAGAUACUCUUCGUCUUGGUGUUGGUGUCCUACCUAUUGACGCUAGUGGGAAAUGCAGUCAUUAUUCUGAUUUCCUCCAUCGACCCUAAACUCAAAACACCCAUGUAUUUCUUCCUCAGUCACCUCUCCUUAGCUGAUCUCUGCUUUACCACCAGUGUUGUCCCACAGUUGCUGUGGAACCUCAGGGGACCAGCCAAGACCAUCACAGUCCUGGGCUGUGUGGUUCAGCUCUAUGUGUUCCUGGCAACAGGCUCUGCUGAGUGUGUUCUGCUGGUGGUCAUGGCUUUUGACCGCUAUGCUGCUGUGUGCAAACCUCUGCACUAUGCCACUGUGAUGAACCCCAGGGUGUGCAAGGCUCUGACAGGGCUGGCGUGGCUGUGUGGAAUAGGAAACUCUCUCAUCCACUGUACUAUCACCCUCCGGCUGCCUCGCUGUGGACACCGGCGCAUCUAUAAUUUCUUCUGUGAGGUUCCCUCAAUGAUUAAGCUUGCCUGCGUGGAUGUCCACGCCAACGAGGUCCAAGUAUUCACCACUUCAUUAGUCUUGCUCUACUUGCCCUUAUCAUUGAUAGUGAUGUCUUAUGGAUUAAUAGUCAGGGCAGUUGUAAGGAUCAAGUCAGCCCAGGCCUGGCGCAAAGUCCUGGGGACAUGCGGAUCCCACUUGACGGUAGUGUCUCUCUUCUAUGGGACUGCUCUCCUCAUCUAUGGCCAACGCAACAGCUCCUUUUCCCAUUCUCAUGGGAAAUUUAUCUCCCUGUUUUACACAGUAGUGACUCCAACACUCAAUCCUCUCAUCUACACGCUGAGGAAUAAAGAUGUGAAGGGAGCACUGAGGAGACUAUUUUACAGAGACAAGGGCUCAAAACAAUGA